CUUUGACUUAUUUAAUUUGAACUGCCUUAGUCAGACCAGUGUGGUAACUAUUUGAUUAAUUUCAUCAAAACAAUUUCAUAGAGCAUGUAUAACAAAUGGUAAUGUGCUGUCAAAAAUAGGGGUCUCGAUCUCCACUGCCCAGUGGCCUCUGGGAGUUCUAAUCCGGCCUUUGAUGAGUCUCUAGGGGAUUAAGAAUUAAUAAUGUAUGUUUUCUUCUGAAUACAAAGAUAAAUAUAUGCUUUUUUAAAAUGAGAAUGAUAUUUCACGAAUGUAAUUUCACUGUGGUUUAAAUAAUAAAAUAAAACAAACAUAAAAAAAAGAUGAAAUGUCCUCUACAAUGUCAUUACUUACACAACAAGUUACACCUGCUUAAAAACUAAAGUUCUUUUAAUAAAAUUUUUAUUUCUUUGCAGAACUUCAAAUAUUACAAAAAGAAGAAAUAAUAAAGAAAGAAAUGUUCGUUUUAAGGAGGGAUUUCAUCCUUAUUGCGUCACUUCCGGGUGAAGUCGGACACUUAAAAAAAAAAAAAAAAUCUGGCUGCCAUGAAUUUGUUCUAGCUUGUUGCUAAGUGGCUUAAACAAGAGUAAUACAUCCAUGUCAAGACACAAGAAGAGUUUUCCAAGUCUUGCUCUGCUUUCGUGUACAUUUAGGUGUACACGUUCCUGCACACUAACCAGCUGUAAAUCGGAUCCAGUCUGUUCACAGAGGAGAUCCGAAAACCUUGGUGCUGUGCUUUGCUGUGGCAGCUGAUUUCAAGACCAAAGCACGUCUAAGUUCGAAUUUGUACCAGAAGAUGAACGGACUGUCCAUAAGAGAACUAUGUUGCCUCUUCUGCUGCCCCCCUUGUCCCAGCCGCAUCGCUGCCAAGCUGGCUUUCCUCCCUCCAGAGCCCACCUAUGCUUUACUCCCUGAUCCAGAUCCAAGCUCUGGCACUACACCCGUUUCUGCCCCCAACUCUGGGGCUGUUCCCUCUUCAAUUGGAGCCCCCGGACUGCGUUCUAGGCUAAAUACUGGCAGUGGAAGUGACAGAGGAGGUGGAGGAGGAGGAGGCGGUGUUGGUGCUGGCAGUGCCGGCACCAGCAGUACUGGUAGUAGUAGCAGUGAGGGUAGGUGGAAGCUUCAUCUCACAGAGAGAGCCGAGUUCCAGUAUUCCCAGAGAGAGCUGGAUGUGACCGACGUCUUCUUGACCCGUUCAAGCCGAGGAAAUAGGGUUGGAUGCAUGUAUAUCCGCUGUGCCCCCAAUGCAAGGUUUACAGUGUUGUUUUCUCAUGGAAAUGCAGUAGAUUUAGGCCAGAUGAGCAGCUUCUACAUUGGCUUAGGCACACGCAUCAACUGCAACAUCUUCUCCUACGAUUACUCGGGUUAUGGAGUUAGUACUGGCAAACCCUCCGAGAAGAACCUAUACGCUGAUAUUGAUGCUGCUUGGCACGCCCUUCGCUCCCGGUAUGGCAUUAGUCCUGAGAACAUCAUCCUGUACGGACAAAGCAUCGGCACGGUGCCCACGGUAGACCUUGCGUCGCGGUUCGAGUGUGCCGCCGUGGUCCUUCACUCUCCUCUCACCUCCGGGAUGCGGGUGGCGUUCCCCGACACUAAGAAAACCUACUGCUUCGACGCCUUUCCAAACAUCGAGAAAGUAUCAAAGAUCCCCUCUCCAGUGCUCAUCAUCCAUGGUACUGAAGACGAGGUGAUCGACUUCUCUCACGGCCUCGCCCUGUUCGAGCGCUGUCCCAAGGCUGUGGAGCCCCUGUGGGUGGAGGGGGCCGGCCACAACGACAUAGAGCUUUACAGUCAGUACUUGGAGAGGCUACGGCGCUUCAUCAACCAGGACCUUGCUGCACAGCACACCUGAGAAACAAACAACCUCUCUGGUUUUGUAUGGAUGACGACUAGUGAACGAAUGUGAGUGUGUGUGUGUGUGGUUGCAUGUGUGCAAAACAAGACGUCAGCACAUUUGCAUUUCAGUCUGAAAGGGAAAGCGUAAUUUGGGUCACAUCUUUUGUGUCUUUUAAACACCACACCUAGAGGUUAAAAAUAAACAAUUUGUUUCCUGUUUUUUAAGGUCAGGAUCUUUUUCAAGCUGUCAGUACAUUUAUCCUCUGUACGGUGUUUAUAAUAAUGAAGUCAACAACACAUUUAGCAGGAUUUAAGUGGAGACCAGGCAUGAGCUGCAGCUGUAAGAUGUGUUGACCUACUGAAAUUGGGAAGUAACAACAAUCUAUUUUCUCUAAGCAGAUGGUGUUUUAAAGUGCUGGUGUGUGCAUGUGUCAUGAUGUGUGUGUGUGUGUGUGUGUGAGAAGAUCUCUGUGGACCUGUGACACCUGAAUAAUGUGUACACAUGUCGGCAUGCGUGCCGCGACAUGCUGGUCGAAAUGAAGGACAUCCUGAUGACUUGGACAGCUGCAAGUAAAGGAAGCUGAGGGAGAUUUAUCAUUGAUGUUUAUUUUAUUUUGAAAGUGCGUAUGUAUGAAGAAUACCUCCCCGCUUUGACCGCUUCUUUUCCCAGUGGACAUUUACUGGUGGAGUGCGUGUUCCGUCCUCCCGCCUCCUUUUUUUAAUGACCAUCCAUCGGACUGCGGCGGCGUUCCCCAAGUGGUCGUUCAGCUGACUCUUAACUGAACUUUAGGCUUGUUUGAGGAAUUUUAGCACCAGUUCGGAUGAAAACACUAAAACUAUUCUGGGAUGCUUUUACACGCUCAUAUUUUGACUUUUGUUUUUUUCUCACAAAGAUGACGUGCUCCUAUGUUUGGCCCAGGCGUUAGCCUUUACCUCUCCACAGAAUUGUAUUAAUAAAGUUCAGGAAUCGCAUUUCUCUUAGCAAGUGUGCAGACGGUCGCACAGAUUCAAUUUGUAUGUUUGUUCAAUUGAUGGGAAUGCAGAUCUGCUCCUGGUUGGCUCCUCAUAGAUGGAGCUUCUGUCAACCAGUAGUUGAUUUUUAAAAAGUAAAAGUGCACAUGAACAUUACAGUUGAAGAAAUAUGAUUUUAUUUUUUUUUAUUUUUAGGUGCUCCAUGUCAUUUCCGACUGAAAAAAACAUGCAAACACCGUCAAUUUAGAAAAGUUUCUUUUCACCUUUGGACAGAACCACUUUUGCAUUUCCGUUUUCCACGUCAAGUUUGGCAGAAAAUGACUGGUUGUCACUUGUUAAAUGGAGGACUUUUUCAUCUGUCCCUUUAAAAAAAAAAAAAAAAUCCCAUUUGCAAAUGGCAAGCCAUGCUUGUAAUUCUGAGAGUUUUGUACUCCGGGUGUGAUGCUCUGACUACAUUUCAUGCUUCAAAUCUGAAUCGAGAUCUUCUCAGAUCCCCGAGAUAGGGAAGCUUGUGUCCGUUCUACUAGUAACAAUCAUGUAUCAAGACUACACUUAACCUCUCGGCACAUUUUUCUUCUAAAAAAAACAUCUCAACGCGAUUGCCCUUAACUUGAUUUUCAUAGUGUGGAGCGGUGGGUGUUUUUCCGCCACGCUUGUGGAUGUUGUGACUAACAGUGACCAGGAUGGAACAUCAUGCCUCCUCGCUCUGUUUUGACCUCUGUCGCCCCUAAGUGUACAGAAGCUCUCUUAUGGGUGGCAGCACGCUUCAAGAGUCUGACACAAGCCAUACUUGAGCCUCUCACUGUUGGUGUGGUGCAGGUUCCACCACACACAUACACACCCAAACACUACUUAUAUUUACACAUUUAUAUAUAUAUAUAUCUAUAUAUAUAUCAGAUCAAGCAUGACAAAAGCAGGUCUUAAGUUCAGCACUAUUGUACAAAGCAUCCAAAGUGUAAUAAGGGUAUAAAUGUUUUUUUUUCUCCUUUUUUUUUGCUAGAACUGUGUUUCUACAAGGGAGAUUGUUGUGUUGAUAAGGACUAAUAGGUUCUGAGAGUAAAUCAAACUAACUACCGGUUGUGACACAGGAGACUGAUCCGUUCCAGUGGUAGUGGCUGUGUUUUGUGAAAGGGAACAUCUUUGAAAAAAAAAAAAAAUAGAAAAAACUAACACUGUUUCUGGUUACUCCAUUUUUGGGAGUACGAGAGGCUCAUUACACCACUCACUCACGUCCUGUCAUCUUCUUGAGCAGGAAAUGUUUUCAUCAUGUGUGCUUUGUGUCUAUCUUUAAAAAAAAGAAGAAAAAAACUGUGUUUCUGAAAGGAUCUGAGCCGUUUGGGGGAAUAAAAUAAUAGAGAGUGAGCUUCUCGCUCUGAAAAAAGUUGAGGGUCGUUCUCCCUUUUUCCUGGACAGCUUAUCAGGGAAAACAAAUGGACUUUCUCAUUCAGUCACGGGGUCAAAGAAACUGGGCGGAUCGUACUGUUUUAUUAAUGCACCACUAAGGUUGACAUAUAUUGUAUUCUCUGGCCUUGAAUGUGUAUUGAAGGGGUGGGAGGGAGGGGGCUUGCGCAGUAAAAACUGUAUGCAUGUCUAUUGUGUUUUUGCAGAGCAAAUGAUGAGACAUUAUGUAUUGUGUAGUCUAUGUGAGGGUAAAGCUGAACUCAUGCUGUCGGAGCAGUGAAGCGCUUUUUUUUGUAAGAAAAGAAACAAAACGAAAAAAAAAGGGACUUGUGAGAUUUUUUUUUUUUUAAAAUGCUAAUACUAACUGAUGUAUUGUUGGUUUUUGUGCUAGAGCUUGAGUGGGGCAGUUAUGAAACAGUGGGCGGGGGGGAUCUAGACAUUACUAGUGGACUGUUUAUAUGGUUAUUGUACUUACCUAUUCUAUUUGUUUUAUGAUUUGUAAUUUUAUGUUGCUUUCUUUGAACUGAAAAUAUGAUGUAAUUAAAUUCAUGGGAUUGAAUCUUGACCUUUUUAUGGACAACAAUAAAAUCACUUAUGUACAAAACACGUUUUAAUUUGAAACAUUUAUUUUGAUUGUUUUCUAAAAAAAAAAAAAAAAAA